AGCUGAGAGACUUUAAAAUGGGACUCUCAGAGCAGGUAAAGGUUGGACAUGCCACACUUGCUGUAGAAGCCUGAGUCCAGUGUAGGUGGUCAUUUCAAAGGAAGGAUUUAUCGACAGUGAUUGCAGACAUUCCCAUCACAACUACUGUUCAAUCAUGGACCAAACUCAGCAUUCAAGCAAAGCUGCAGAGGCCCAAGCUUCAAAACCAGAGAAGACAAGGCUCUGCGAUGGAUUCAGGAUAUUUUUGGCAGCCCUCUCAUUCAGCUACAUAUGCAAAGGACUAGGUGGAGUCACUAUGAAAAGUUCCAUCACUCAGAUAGAAAGAAGAUUUGACAUACCAUCUUCCAUUUCUGGUUUGAUUGAUGGAGGCUUUGAAAUUGGGAAUUUAUUAGUUAUUGUAUUUGUGAGUUACUUUGGAUCCAAACUACACAGACCAAAGCUGAUUGGAACUGGUUGUUUCAUCAUGGGCAUUGGGAGUAUUCUGACUGCGUUGCCACAUUUCUUCAUGGGAUAUUACAGGUAUGCAACAGAAAAUGCCAUUGACUCUCUAGGCAACUCCACGUUGACCUGUUUAAUCAAUCAAAAGACAUCACUCAAUGGAACCACACCUGAGAUAGUGGAGAAAGGUUGUGUAAAGGGGUCCAGGUCAUAUAUGUGGAUUUAUGUCUUGAUCGGGAACAUGCUUCGUGGGAUAGGGGAAACACCAAUAGUACCUCUGGGAGUUUCUUACAUUGAUGACUUUGCAAAAGAAGGACAUUCUUCUAUGUACUUAGGUACUCUGCAUACUAUAGCAAUGAUUGGACCAAUCCUUGGCUUCAUCAUGUCAUCAAUGUUUGCUAAACUAUAUGUAGACAUUGGAUAUGUAGACCUGAGCAGUAUCCGAAUAACUCCUCAGGAUGCUCGUUGGGUUGGUGCCUGGUGGCUCAGCUUCAUUGUGAAUGGACUAUUAUGCAUUAUUUCUUCCAUACCCUUCUUUUUCCUACCCAAAAUUCCGAAGAGAUCACAGAAGGAAAUGAAAUAUUCAGCAUCUCUUAAUGUACUCAAAACAGAUGAAGAAAAGAAUCACAUGACUAAUUUAACAAAGCAAGAGAAACAAGCUCCUGCCAACAUGACUGGUGGACACCUGGAUAAAACAGAAAAAAAUCCCCAGAAAGGCUUCCUACAGUCUCUGAAAAUCAUCCUUACCAACGACAUAUAUGUUAUAUUCGUGAUACUGACAUUUCUGCAAAUCAGCAGCUUCAUUGGCUCCUUUACUUACGUGUUCAAGUUUAUAGAGCAGCAGUUCGGCCAGACAGCAUCCCAGGCCAACUUUAUGUUAGGAAUUAUAACCUUACCUACUAUGGCAACUGGAAUGUUUUUAGGAGGAUAUAUUAUUAAAAAAUUCAAAUUGACCCUGGCUGGAAUCACCAAGUUUGCAUUUUUCACUUCCUCAGUGGCCUAUGCAUUUAAUCUGUUGUAUUUUCCUCUAAUCUGUGAAAACAAGUCAUUUGCUGGCCUAACCUUGACCUAUGAUGGAAUGAACCCAGUGGACUCUCACAUAGAUGUACCACUUUCUCAUUGCAACUCAGACUGCAGUUGUGAUAAAAAUCAAUGGGAACCCGUCUGUGGGGAAAAUGGAGUGACUUACAUUUCACCUUGUCUGGCGGGAUGCAAGUCAUUUCGUGGUGAUAAGAACCUGAAUAAUAUGGAAUUUUAUGACUGCAGUUGUAUCAACGACUCUGGUUUCUUGCAUGGAAACCACUCAGCACAUUUGGGUGAAUGCCCAAGAGACAAAUGCAAAACCAAGUACCACUUUUAUAUAAUUUUUCAAGUAAUUUUGUCUUUUUUCACUGCAAUGGGAAGCACUUCUUUUAUGUUGAUUCUGAUGAAGUGUGUCCAACCUGAAUUGAAAUCACUUGCAAUGGGUUUCCAUUCACUGGUUAUACGAACACUAGGAGGAAUUCUAGCUCCAAUCUAUUAUGGAGCAUUGAUUGACAGAACGUGUAUUAAGUGGUCUGUUACCAGCUGUGGAGCACAUGGGGCGUGUAGGCUAUAUAACUCCAGACUAUUUGGAAUUAUCUACUUGGGCUUAAACACAUCUUUAAAAACUCCAGCACUUUUUUUAUAUGUUGUAUUAAUUUAUGUUAUGAAGAAAAAAUCCAAAACAAAUGAUAACAAUAUAUUGCAAAAUGGAAGAAAAGUCACAGAUGAAAACAAUCCAGGAUCUGGAAAUAAAAAUGGAUACUAUUGUGUACCUUCUGAUGAACAAAACAGUGAAACACCUCUUUAAAGAAAGAGAAAGACACAUCUGUUGCUGUGUUCUCAAACACCAACCUGGUCCUUUCACUGAAGAUUUUCACACUUUACAUAUGAUGGAUAAUCAAAAAUUCUAUGCAUUUACAACAAAACAAGCUACAAAUCAAAAGAAACAAGAGCAUCCUUGUUAGAGUAUAGCUGUGCAUUUGAAGCUAGAUUGGAAUAUAUAUCAUCUGUAAAAAAUUACUGAAUGAAAGUUGGUUACUUUACAAUAGAACAACUUAUAUUCACUUAAGCAUUUAUUACUCAAUAGAAUAAGAAGGAGGCUAGGGUGGACAAAAGGGAAAAGAAACAUGAAAAAUUGGUUUCUUUAAAAUAACAUCUUCAAAAAUCAAAAUUUCCAUGGUGCUAUUCAUGCUUGAAGUUUCUAUGAUGGAUGGCUUCAUGAUGUGGCAUCUUCUGGUAUCCAUUUUUUGUCUUAUAUUCUGCAUAAUUAUUAAUUUAAAAUUGUGUUUAAUGACACAUACAUCUUCUUUGCGCAUACUGUACAAAACAUUGAGAAUACAACAGAACAAUUUAGGAAAUUACAAGCUAUAAUUAUCAGAAAACAUACAUUAGAAUGCAUUUUAACAGCUAUGCAAAUAAAUUGGAAAACCCAUGUUGACUGAAGAAAGCUAAGACUACUCAAUAAAUAAGCCUUCACUCCACUUAUCAGUUCUCUGAGAUAAUUGUGUGGCAGAUAGUGGGUGUUAGAGGAUAUCAGCAUUCAACAUCACAACUGUUUUUGUUUUGGAUGUGAGAUAUAUAGAAAUACAUUAUAUAUGUAUAUAUAUAUAUAUAUAUAUAUAUAUAUAUAUAUAUAUAUGAAAUUAAUAUAGAGUGAAUGGGAGGAAAUAUCUUUGGAUAUUGUAUUUUCUAGUGAGAUCAGAUUUAGUAUAGUGGAUGGUAAAAGUUGAACUUUUUUAUUGUCACAUGUUAAACUAUUUUGUUUCCAUUAAAAUAGCCUAUUAAAAUACUUAUCUGUUGCUAUAAUAAAAUACCCUGCCAAAAAAAGUAA